AUGAAAAGAUAUAUCCUCUUCACUAGCUUUUUCAUAUGUAGCUUGAUUACUACAAUUUCCGCAGGCAUUUGUUAUGACAAUCCUCAUCGUAAUGUGAAUAAGUUGGUUAAAGUACAAUGUGAAGAGGAAUAUGAGGUUUUUAAAAGGGAUGCACCCAAAUCACCAGAUGAUUCAAUGUUUGAAUUUACAAUAGAAUGUAUAUCAACAGAGGAAGUUUGCAUAAAAGUUAAAAAUGAAUUUGAAAAGGCAGGAAAAGAAAUUGCCAAAACCAUAAGAUUUAAUACACCAGUUAAAGUUAUCGCCGCAUUUCAUGAUUUUUGCGACAUACCAGAACAAACAAAAGAUUGUCAAUUAAUAAUUGGGCAAGCUGGUGCGACACGCUUUAUUUCUAUGAAAGAUGAUGAUGGUAUAAAUAGAUUAUACCCUCAACCUUUAGUGAAACAAUUUCAAUUCGAGAAGCAUCCAAAAUUUACUGAUUUUGAUAUUUUUGCCGACUUCAAUGCAAAUACAUCUUUUUGGUUUGAGGGGGAUCCAAAAAUCCAAACCACUCAAGUUGAUUUUAAAACGGUCGUGGUUCAUGAAAUGAUUCAUGGGUUGGGAUUCUUUAAUGCAUAUUCACAAUAUACAGGUUAUAAUGCUACAAUACCUCUUAACGUUAAACUUGAUGAAGAAAAUAGUUUUAAUAAUUUAAAUGAAAUCGUUGAGAACGGUAUGUUUUUGGAAUUCGCGAUGGAUAAAUAUACGGUGUUGCUUAAAGAUGGAACUCCGAUCUCCUAUUUUUUUAAGAAAUUAAAUUCUUAUUUCGUACAGUUCAAUUCAACAAGUAUUAAUACUACUGAUUUCAUCAAUUCACCACAAUUUAAAAUUGCCGAAAAAUUAUAUGAACUUUCCAUCACACCCUUAACUAUUGGAGUUUUGCCAAAGGGGGCUGUCAAUUAUAAAAACGCCAUACCUUUAGAAACUUCCAUAACCGAAUUUAAUGCAGGAUCUACUUUAGGUCACGUUGACUUCUUUACAUUUUAUAAUACAGCAGACUUUUUAAUGGUAGCUUCUGCGGAAACAUGGGUCGGAUUAACGGCUCAAGAACUGGUGAAGUUGCGCGGAAAUUAUGCUGGGGGGUUGAUUGGUCCAAAAUUGAAAUUAGUUUUAGAAAAUUUGGGGUAUGCAACUGAUGAUAAUCCAAAUCCAUACAAACCCACCCCUCUUUAA